AUGCCCGAUGUUCCUGGGGCUGACUUGCCUCUUCGAUAUCUUCUCGUGGGGUAUACUGAUUUCUCUACCUUGGUGUUAGGGCCUUGUACUAAGUUAUAUUUCUCUUACGGAACUGCUUUUCAAAAUGUUUUCUGA